AUGCGACGGCUACAUCCGCCACCGACUUGUUUAACAUCAUCAUACUCAGUCCGAGCAAAUGACACAUGCGUGACAAUUUCUGCUGCUAACGAGGUCUCAACCUACAACUUGAUUUCUGAAAAUGCUCUCGAUGUUGCCUGUAACGGGAUAUCGGAAGGAAAGACACUGUGUCUCCCAGAGACCUGCACAACAUAUCAAUUGGAAUUAGCCGAUACAUGUGACUCGCUAGUAAGCGAUCUCAACAUAAAAUUUGCUCAAUUAUUGGCCUGGAAUCCGAAUAUUAACACGGGAUGCUCAAACUUGGCAUCCUGGAGAGGCUGGUAUCUUUGUGCCAGCUCGCCAACCGGUACAGCCAUUGUGAGCGAGGGCUCCAGCGCAACCACUGCCGUAGCAGUGCCUACUGAUGCCCAAUCUCUAUCCAACACCAAUUGUGCGGAGUGGCAUGAGGUCUUAUCUGGGGAGGACUGUUCAACGAUCUCACUCAAGUAUGCCAUUUCUUUGAGUGACUUCUAUUUCCUCAAUCCACAAAUAGAUUCAAACUGCACAAACAUAUGGCUGGACACGUCAUACUGUGUUGAAGCAGUAGGGAAUAUCGCUACUUAUACCGGAUAUAUCACCACCACUGCAGCAUACACUUUCACGAAGCCUGCCUCGACAACAUACACCCCGACCCCUGCUGCCACGGCUACCCUCGAGCCCACAGCGUCUGGUACUAUCGAAGGGUGCGCAAUUUAUAACAACGCGUUCAGUUCGACUAUCGCGAAUGCGACAACGCUGAAUUCAUGCAAUAUCUGGGCCAGCAUCGCAGAGGUCACCGUCGAUAAUCUUCUUAGCUGGAACCCGAGCUUAUCAGCCAGUGACUGUACCUUCACGUCUGGGUGCUUUCAACUGCACGAUGUUUUCGUCUCUUUCAACUUCUCUGUCACCACCGUCACAUCGCUUAAUCCUUGGAUCGGUAGUGAUUGUGAUACAGGUGUCUGGAACGCACUCUCCAGCGAUGGAUUCGAACAAAUAUGCGUUGAAAGGAACUCCUCGGCAGUUCCGACUUCCACGACCUCAACGAUAUCAGCGCCUACCUCCACCAUCAGCACAAUCGUCACUCCGCCAGCGGAGGUCAUGUCAGAUGAGGCUUCCAACUGCAACAAUGGCAUACUGUGGUGUCGGGCGAUGGUUGCCAAGCCAUUGCUGAUCAAAAUGCCAUCUUACUGA